CAAUCGUUCAUUCUCUCCGUCAUCAUCAUCACACUGAUACCAACGAACCCAGUCAAUCAAACACACACACAACAAACGCCAAGAUGCCUGCCUACCUGAAGACCCUUGACGAUUUCAAGAAGGCCAUUGCCGAGGACUCUGUCGUCAUCAUCGACUUUACCGCGUCCUGGUGCGGCCCCUGCCGUAUGAUUGGCCCCGUCUUUGAGAAGCUCGCCGGCCAGUACGGCACCAUCAAGUGCUUCAAGGUUGACGUCGACGAGAACUCGGACGCCGCUGGUGAGGCGCAGAUCCGCGCCAUGCCCACCUUCAAGGUGUACAAGGCCGGCAAGCAGAUUGACGAGCUCAUGGGCGCCAGCGCAGAGAAGCUCGAGGCCAUGUUCAAGAAGUACGCAUAAGCGCACGCGCUGCCUCUCCGCCGGCCGCCGUUCGCCAUCUUCCUCGUCAUGUGUCCUUUCUGAUUGUGUGUGUGGCGCGUUUGAACCUCGUUCACCGUCGUUCACUCCAAUGUGUUUGUUUCCUUUUUGUUUCCUCAUUUUUCACGUGUGGUAACUUGAGUGUGUGACCCACCGUUUAUGCAUGAUGUGAGGACGCAUGCAUGCUGUGUGUUUAACAAACAACCAACCAAACACCUGCCCUCAACCCCCAACUUCAAAAUAUAAACACAUCAUCAUCUGAAAAGAGCGAGAACAAGCACACAGGCGUGAACAAG